AUAUACGUUUCUUUUUGGCUUGAGACGCUCUGAUGCACACCUGAUCUCUGUUGUGCUCAGACUCUGGAUCCACGGGCAUCUUGAGUGCGUGCACGCGCGCGCGCGCGCUGGCCCCUCCUCCCCUGGCAGGUUCUUGCUGAACUGCAGCACGGAGCACGCAACGGGGUCUGCACCGCUUCGAGGACCUGCGGUGACUGUUGAGUGUGGGACUACUUUAUCUCUCCGGUUAGAUGACAUGUUGAGCAGUCGAUGAGCGCGUCUGAAGAGCCUGGUGAGGAUAAUUCUGGUGUGGAUCUGAGGACUCCUCUCUACCAGUCGGAUAAAAAAUGAAAUUCCCGAUUUGUUUUCUGGCGGUGAUACUGACUGUGAGAUCUGCACUCGGAGGCGACACGUCUAACGAGCCAUGUGGAGGCCUGGACUGCAGUGGAGGCUGCAAGUGUUUCCCAGAGAAAGGCGGCAGGGGCUCUCCAGGACCUCUUGGUGCACUCGGAGAAAGUGGACCAGAAGGGCCACGCGGGAUCCUGGGGCCUCAAGGGCCUAAAGGAGAGAAGGGCCACCUUGGAGUUAAAGGACCGUCUGGCUCUAAAGGAGACAUGGGGCCAAUGGGAGUGCCGGGAUUUAAAGGAAGUGAUGGAGUUCCUGGUCAUCCUGGUCAUCAGGGAAGUAGAGGACCACCAGGAAAGGAUGGCUGUAAUGGAACUAUUGGCGAUCCCGGGCCACCUGGAUUUGGAACAGGACAACCUGGAUUUCCUGGAUUUGCUGGGCCGACUGGGCCAAAGGGGAGGAAAGGGGAGCCUGUAUACAUCUCGGAUCACGGUUCUCCGGGUCCCCCGGGUCAACCGGGACUUGACGGAAUACCUGGUUUCAUGGGUCCUGAUGGUCCAUUUGGUUUCCCUGGCCCAAGAGGACCUGAUGGAUUUCCAGGGGUGCCUGGUCCUCCUGGUCCCCCGGGGCCACAGGGGAGCCGUGGUGACAUAUAUGGAGGAGGGAAAGGAGAUAAGGGUGACGUGGGCUUGCCCGGUGAGCCUGGUCAGCCAUUGACCAAUGGCAUUGAGGAGUUUGUGGGUUUUUCCAAAGGCGUCAAAGGAAUGCAGGGUGACCCUGGUCCAAAAGGAGUCAGAGGUUAUCCAGGAAUACCAGGGGUAGCUUUACCUUUUGGUUAUCCCGGUGAAUUUGGAGAGAAAGGCAUUCUCGGAUACCCUGGACCAAGAGGUUUUCCGGGUCUUACUGGUAAUCCUGGAUAUCCAGGAACUACGGGAAUGAGUGGUGACCCAGGUUACCCCGGACAGCCAGGAUUCAGAGGACCAAAGGGAGAACAAGGUGACCCCGGGCCUGAAGGACCGCCAACCUACCUCGGUGAAAUUAACAGUUAUGUUAGAGGACCCCCAGGGGACCCAGGUUUUAGUGGUCUCUCUGGUGUUCCUGGUGAACAGGGACCUUCGGGAUUCCCCGGCAAACUAGGCCCUCCGGGCCGUUUUGUUAUAGGUCCUCCUGGAGCCCCUGGUUUUCCUGGUAACAUUGGCCCAAAAGGAGAGAAGGGUAACCCUGGCUCUGAAAGCUAUGGCCCUAAAGGACUCCCAGGUGCCCCUGGACUCCCGGGACGUGCUGGCCCUCCCGGACUGAAGGGCCGUUCUGGCGAGCCCUGCAUCAUCUAUCCUCCGUACCCGUUCAGGCCCACAGCUUUUCCUGGUGAAACCAUUAGUAUCCCUGGCCUACCAGGGCCUCCUGGCCGCAUAGGAGCUCCGGGAAACACUGGGUUCAAAGGCUUCAGAGGUGAUCCUGGUGACUGUAACUGUCAAGGAGGAGGUUCUGUGGGGUUAAAAGGGCUACCUGGACCCCCAGGAGUCAAUGGCAGCCCCGGCUUCAAUGGACGGAAGGGUGAGCCCGGUGACACCGGCUCUCCUGGUUUUAACGGAGAACCAGGGCCUCAAGGUCGUUCUGGUGAGAGGGGUUUCUUUGGUCGUAAAGGAGAGAAGGGGGAGCCGUACUACCCCAACUUAGAUUUUGGAGUAAAAGGAGAACGAGGGGCUCCUGGACCCAGAGGACCCACAGGAGAAACAGGGAGACCUGGCAGAGAUGGGCUACCUGGCAUCCGAGGACUUCCAGGACCCCCAGGUGAUGGAGGUGUUGGAACAGUUGGAGAGAAAGGUUUCCCUGGAUUCCCAGGGGCCAAAGGUCUGCCUGGUGGACUUGGUGAGCCUGGCAUUGGUUUUGCCGGAGCACCCGGCCUUCGUGGAGAGCCCGGAGAACCCGGAAUGCCUGGAUUUCCUGGGCAACCCGGUCUACCCGGACCCAAAGGUGAAAACAGCUGUGGAGGGGUUUAUGACGCCGGAGAGGGAACGGGUGAUAGGCUGCCAUGUACCAUACCUGGUGAAGAUGGAGAACCCGGGUUUCAAGGUGUACCCGGAACACCAGGCCCUAAGGGUCAGUUGGGGAUCCCAGGAAGCGCUGGACGUCCAGGGUUUGAUGGCCCCAAAGGAGAUAAAGGAGAUCCAGGGUUUGGUGGCCAACCUGGGCCACAAGGUUUUCCUGGACCCAGAGGAGACCCUGGAAUUCCAGGUAUACACGGACAGAGUUUUGAUGGACCCAAAGGGAAGGAUGGAGUUCCAGGAAUCCGUGGACCCAAAGGACAGCCUGGAGAGAUUCUUGGAGCAACACCUGGAAUUCCCGGAGCGGAUGGCACAUUUGGAAUAAUUGGAGACAAGGGUCAACCAGGGACUUUGGGACCACCCGGAUCACCUGGUUUUGACGGGCAACCUGGGGUUCUUGGUCUGAAGGGAGAGCGUGGAGUUGAUGGGUUUCCUGGUAUUCCUGGUCUCCCUGGAAUUCCAGGAGAGCCAAUUGGUGCCGUUCCCGGUCCGCCUGGCCCUCCCGGUAGCAAAGGACUGGCUGGACCCCCAGCUUAUCCUGGUCAGAAAGGACAGAGAGGAGACCCAGGUUUCCCAGGACCCGCGGGAAUGAAAGGAACCCCCGGGUUUCCUGGCCUACUUGGAGCACCAGGACCAGUGGGACCCCCUGGACCUCCGGGGCCAGGAACAAUACCGGGAAUCCCAGGAACAACAGGAAUAAAGGGUGUACGAGGUUUACCAGGACUGACUGGCUUCCCUGGACUGCCAGGCCGCUCUGGAGCUCCGGGAUUUCCUGGAGUAAAAGGACAGCCUGGUGAGCUUGGGAGAGAUGGGUUUCCCGGCAGACCUGGACUCUUCAGCCAGAAAGGUGAGAGAGGAGAACAGGGUCCUCCUGGCUCCCCCGCUCCACCAGGGGUUUUUUUAAAGGGUGCACGAGGAAACCCCGGAUCCAGCGGUGCUCAAGGUUUCACUGGGCCCAGAGGUGACAAGGGUCUCCCAGGUCUGCCUGGUCGUCAGGGGCUGCCUGGACUUCCUGGAUUUCCUGAGCAAAGCAAAGGGCAGCCUGGAGAGCCAGGUUUUCCAGGACAGCCUGGACUUCCAGGCUAUUUUGGACCAAAAGGAGAGCUUGGAAUCAUCGGAUUCCCAGGCACUCCAGGACAAAGGGGUGAUGACGGUCCACCUGGUUUCCCUGGCAACCCUGGAGAACCUGGUCGACCUGGUUCCAAAGGUCUGCCUGGAGAAGCUUUUGGUUUUCCUGGAGCACCAGGAAUCAAAGGCCAGUCAGGAGAUUCAGGUUUUCCGGGUGCUCCAGGAAAUAACGGCUUUCCUGGGGAUACCGGAGUUCCAGGAUAUCGAGGUUUGUCUGGAGAAAAGGGGUAUUCUGGUGAAACAGGAAGGCCUGGAAUAAGAGGAGCCCCUGGUUUCCUUGGUUCAAGUGGUCAGCCAGGAUUCCCAGGGAGACCAGGACCAGAUGGAUCACCAGGUCUGCCUGGGAUCCCUGGUGGUCCAGGGGUGAAAGGUCUGCUUGGAGCUCCAGGUUUGGAUGGACUAAAUGGACUGGCUGGUCCAAAAGGCCUUCCAGGAACUAAAGGUGCGGUUAUCGGAGGCCUCCCUGGGGUCCCUGGUAGUCCAGGAUUUAAGGGAGACAGAGGUGUCUCCUACCCUGGAAUGCCAGGCUUUCCUGGAUCGAAGGGGCUAAAAGGAGAGCCAGGCACCCCUGGACUUCCUGGGUUCCUUGGACUGCCUGGACCUCCUGGCAGACCUGCAGAAUCAGGCUUACCUGGGCUUGUAGGAGAUCCAGGCCUUCCUGGAUUGGAUGGAGAAUAUGGUUUCCAGGGUCCUCCAGGUCCUCCCGGGCCACCUGGUCCAGGCACAAUACAGGGAGACACAGGUGACCCAGGACUCCCAGGCUUCCCUGGAGCCCCUGGCAGGAAGGGGGAAGUUGGAUUCCCUGGAAAUCCUGGACGUCCUGGCAAUCCUGGUUUCAAAGGGGUUCCAGGGGAGACUGCCUUAAAUGGAGUUCCUGGUACAAAGGGUAAACCCGGCGAGCCUGGUUUUGCUGGAUUUAAAGGACUGAAAGGACCACCAGGUAUUAUUGGACCAAAGGGUCAGCCUGGAGUCCUGCUCCCCAGUUCACCUGAAGAUUAUGAGAAAUAUUUGGGAGACCCAGGUUUCCCUGGUGAAAGCGGACGACCUGGUUAUGCUGGAGAGCUGGGUCUGCCCGGUUUUCCAGGACGUCCAGGUCCAAAGGGUCGUCCCGGACUGCCAGGUGGCCUUGGCCUAGCUGGAUCUGCAGGGUUUCCCGGGCCAGUUGGUGAUCCUGGAGCUCCAGGUUUCCCUGGGCUCACUGGACAACAAGGCUUCCCCGGUGCUGCAGGUCGCCCAGGCCUCCCAGGAACCUUCAGCCGCAGUGUCAGUGUUGGCUAUACGCUGGUGAAGCACAGCCAGAAUGCCCAGGUCCCUAUGUGUCCCCAGGGCAUGGCCAAACUGUGGGAUGGAUACAGCCUGUUGUUUGUGGAGGGACAGGAGAAGGCACACAACCAAGACCUUGGUCAACCAGGGUCAUGCCUACCCAUGUUCAGCACUAUCCCCUUCCUCUACUGUAACCCUUCCGAGACAUGCUAUUAUGCGAGUCGCAACGACAAGUCCUACUGGCUCUCCACCACUCAGCCCAUACCCAUGAUGCCUGUGGCAGAGGGUCGCAUACAGCCUUACAUCAGCAGGUGUUCCGUGUGCGAGGCUCCCUCUCAGGCUGUAGCGGUCCAUAGUCAGGACCUGUCCAUCCCCAUGUGUCCCCGUGGCUGGAGGAGUCUUUGGAUAGGAUACUCGUUCCUUAUGCACACAGCAGCUGGCUCCGAAGGCGGCGGUCAAUCCCUGGUGUCUCCCGGCUCCUGCCUGGAAGAUUUCCGCGCCACUCCGUUCAUCGAGUGCAACGGAGCCAGGGGCACCUGUCACUACUUCGCCAACAAGUACAGCUUCUGGCUGACCACCGUGGACCCCAGGCAGGAGUUCGGCUCCCCGCCACCGCCGGACACCCUAAAGGGAGGUCAGGAACGAUCUCGGGUCAGCCGCUGCCAGGUCUGCACUAAGCUGUUGUAGUCGAAGGAGAGGAAGGGUGGACAAAUGGAGGGAAACAUCAGCAGAGGCGAAGAGGAGAAAGUUAAUGGAAAAGGAGAGGCUGGGACUGAAAAAGGAGCCUCACAUGAAAUCCCCUUCAUUGUUACACCUUUAGUAACCACUAGCUUUUUAAAUAAAGACUCUGGAGGGAGGAGGACUUGAGCGGAGAAGAGUUGUGACUCUUCUCUAGAAUAUCACUGACAUUGGUGCUAUUUGUAAUGUUUAUUUUACUUUUGUUGUAUUUUUCCUCGGGGAGAGCCACUCCCUUUGAGCAGCACUACACGAAGAGUUGGCUCAGACGGCAACAGCUUUUAUUGGGCGUUAACGCAGACAUGGUUUACUUAAGUAGACAUAAGCCAGACAGAUCCUCUCUUUUCUCCGCUGCGUUUCCGUUAACCGUUCGUAUGCUCUAGUAAACCAACAGGGAAGUUUGGGUGGUUUAGAUUUCAUUUUUCACCCAAAAAAGGAACAUUUACCUAUAAAAAUGUUUAAACCCAGCCCUCAUUUACAAAAUAGGAUUAAUGUUCUGGGAGAAAUUUGAUGAUUAAAAGUAGCAGAAAAACUUUAUUGAUUAAAAAAAUUGCUGAGUUUUUUUUCUCAUAAAUAUAAAAAAAAGAACAAUUUUUCCUUUUGUAGCACAGACUGAGGGAUAAAUAUGUUUUUUGUGCUAAUCAACAAUCAAUAAUCUGAUUAUGAAUUAGUCAGAUUUUAAGAAAAACAACAUUAAAUUAUUAAUACAAAUGUUUUAACUGCAUUUGCAUUAACCCAUCAAAAUUUACCACACAGAAAUUUAGAGGAUUUUUUAAGUCUUUUUAUUAGUUUUUUUUUUUUUUUUUUUUUUUUUUUGUAAAUUUUGCUCAUUUAGGCCAAUGCAAUGUAAGGUAGCCUUUAUAACAUAAUCAAAUAAGGAAUCACUGAUGAACCUUUUUUUUAUUGUAUUAAUGUUUUGGGAACUACAGGAAAUUAACACUUUUUUACCAGACAACUGCAAGAAUUCCUAAAAAUAUGUCGUACGCUGCAAAAACUGGUAAAAGCCUUUCUAAGGACAUUUAGUCUUAUUCUUAAAAUGCUCUCUGCAGUGACAGCACUACAUGAAAUGACGUCAAUAUUCUUGACCACAUUUUGUGGUUUUGAGUAAAAAAAUGUGAGAAUGGUUUAAGCAAAAGUUGCCUGGCAACGUUUCUUAAACCUAGCAAAAAAAUCUAAUGUUACAUAAAUUUUCUACUUUUAGAAUUUUUUUAUCAUAUUUAAGAAUAUUUACCUUAUUUGAAGUAGUGCUGAUUUUACUGAUGAGGCUGUUUUGUUGUCUUUUAGACCAGAAUAAAAAAGAUAAAAGAUAUUUUUUGUACUUUGUUAAAAAUCUGUUUUUGCAGCGUAGAUGUUUAGUUUCCCAAAUCAGUGAAUCUGGAGCACAUUAGGAUGUUAUAGAAAUUGGGUUUGAUUUGAUUUAAUUAUUAUCUCAAAGACGGAUAGGAAGCAUUUAGGCCAUAAAGGGGCUAUGCUGGGGUUGGGACCCCACAGCACAUGGGGUUUUAUAAUGAUCUCCUGAAUUAAAACAAGGCAGAUAUUUAUUAUAAAUUGUAACAAAAACAAUAGACAUGAAUGUUUUUACCUCCUGAGACUUAAACCUUUGAUGGGUUUGCAUUUUUAACUUUAGCUCUUUGGCAUCAGGAGGACAUGAGGAGCAUAAAUAAUUACAUCCUAAAAGGUAAAAGGUGCUGUUUGCUGCAUUUUUGAGUAUUGCUAACAUAAAUCAAGCAAUCUCGUCACUGAUUUUCUCUUACUAUCUAUAAAAAAGGAAAGCUCCAAGUUCAAGUUACAUUUAUGGUGUUUUUCUUGUCUGUGAUGUCUGUACAUUUCAUGAUCCAUGGUGUCUUUUCUCCAAAUACAGCAUUAAAAUCUGCUUUUUACUCUUAUGUGCAUUAAAAUAGCACUUUUCCCACUAAACUAACUCCAUAAGGACCUUUCUGAGAACAAUACUGCACUGAUGCAAACUGACAUGGGCUAAAACUUAUGACCCAAGUAAUAAAACUCCUUCUCUGUGCUGACAGGUCGUCAAUGUGAAUAUAAAAUUCUUAGCACAUUAAAGCAAAUGUUUAUAACACAAUGAGCUUGUUUCUGUUUUUGAGAUGUCCUUGAACAAUAUGGAACACAUUUACUAUUUUAUGCCUUUGAAUGAUGAAAAUAUCAAGUUUUCUCUUUUUUCUUUCAAUAAAGUUGUGAAACUGGUUCCGUAAUUCUGGGACAAUUAAAAAACUCCUGCAUGUAACCUCUAUGAACACUGCACCUGCUGAUAGCUCUCAUUUUUCACUUUUCACUGGUUUUGCUUGGUUUGUAUUUGUUGUUUUGUAAUCUAGAUUGUAAUUAUUUGUACUUGUAUAAUAAUUACUAUUCCCUGGUUUCAUUUACUGAGAGAGGAGCAGGUCAGAAAUUUAACUGUACAUGAAAUUUUAUUGAAAAAUGGCUUCUUCUUUUUUUUAAUCAUUAAGAAUGAAACUUAUUUUACUGUGUUUCUGAUUACUAUUAUGUUCAACAACAUCCUGUAAACUGACUGAAGUGGAGGAAAAGAAAAGCUGUUUUCCUCAAAGAGGAUUCAUUAAAGAAAGAUUUGUUCUCACUUACUUUGAAAUAAACUUUAAAAACUAUGAAA